GGAAUCGGCUGAGCAGGACACCAGUACUCCGCAGGCCCAAAUUCGCAAUUGAUUCCGGGCCCCCUAAUUACGAGUACUCGAGUAGUGAGCGAGGGAAAAAAAGGAAGGGAGGUACUCGAGCACGGUACCGGUAAUUCCUCCAAUUUCCAGUCGACUUCAGCUCCUACACUCUAUUUUUGCCGUUUACCGCGACCGAGCCCUUCCCUUCCUGAAGAUUUCCAAGACCUCAAGACUACAACCAGCACCCUGCUCUCUAAAGCGAUAACUAGAAUUUACCACGUUUCUAGCUGUACUGCUACGCUGCGAGCUUCUUAUACCUUGCUAUCGGACGCGCGGACAGUAAAAUAAGAUGGCAUCAGAACCAGAGCAAACUUCCCCACCUUCAGCUCCAACCUCCCUCGACAGAGACCCUGUGGAAAUGGCGAAGGCAGCCGUCGAGAUUCAAGUACGCUCCUUCUCUUUCUCUCCAUAAUUUCUCAACCCAAUUCAUGCGGUUCAAGUAUAAAGAGAAAGAGAAAGGAAAGAAGAAAAAAGGAAAACUAUACAUGGAAUGGCAUUGCAUACCGUGCCAAGCACUAACCUUACAUUACCUUCUAGCGGCGCUACAGAGGACAUCGUGAGAGACGGCAGCUAAAGGGCCACGCAUUGACACCAAUGCAACGUUGGAACGAUGUAAUAUGCUUCACCGACUAUACUUUCACCGAAUGGCUAAUAACUACUUGAUUAGGCUUUGGAAGAAGCUGAGUACCGACAUGUUGCUCAACCGGUUUCCCUGGAGAGGAGGGUUGAAUUGAACAAGCAGCGAGAGGAGGAGGGGAAGGACAGCGCGGCGCCGGAGCACGGUAGAAAGGCUUCGGGAUCAAAGGAGAUGUGGGAUAAAGCCGUUUUGUUUGCUAGGCGGGUGCGAGACGAUCAAUUAUCCAGUUAAUGGGGAUGAGACUAAUUGAUCUAGGCACAACAUGACGACCCCGAUGAUACCGUUUCCGAGAGCAGUAACGACCUUGAUAGUAUUAGAACCAGAGACUCAGAGGGUACGAAGAAAAAAAAGAUGGAGAAAAAGAAAGAGAAAAAGAGGCAGAAGCGUUUGGAGAGGAUCGAAUAUUCGAAAGCGAUGGACAUGCAGUAUGCUCACAACGGGAAACCUAUAUUCAUGAGAUAUCACUGACGUUCCAAAGAUAUUUUUUGGAAAUGGUUGAUCGUAAGAACCAGCUGUCUCCAAUCCACCCAUUAAUCCUUGCUAACAGCCAAUAGUUAAGGUAACACUAGCAAAUAAGCAUACGCAAAUCACAUACUGAACUGCUCUAGCACCGCUAUGGCUCAAACUUGAGAGCAUACCACUCUUACUGGCAACAGCAAGAUACAAAGGAGAAUUUCUUCUACUGGUAUAGUAGACGCCCCUGGUUUAACCACUAAUAGUGGCACUAACUAGAUAGGCUCGACCAUGGCGAAGGCAUGGAAGUCGAUCUCAGUGUUUGCCCCCGUGAACAGCUGGAGAAGGAAUGUGUAAGAUAUCUAUCGAGGGAAGAACGCCAAGCAUAUCUAGUCAAAAUCGACAAUGAAGGAAAAUUGUGUUGGGCCAAGACCGGGAAACGCAUCGAUACUAGUACCAAAUACAGAGACACGCCCCAUGGUGCUAUGCCCCCGUUUAUUGAUCCAACCUCUGCUAAUGUUUUCUGAAGGGGUUGUGCCCGUAGAUAGUCGAGAAGCUGCUGAUGCACCCAGAGAUGGCAGAGGAUCUCGCCCGGGUUCAAGCCAGAGCACUUCUAGUUCGUCUUCAUCUUCGUCAUCCUCCUCCUCCUCCUCUGGCUCCGACCAGAGUGCGGCUGCAGCCAGAUACACGGAUCCCGGCAUGGCCGCGCACCAUGGGCCUAAGAAGAUUUUCCACAUUUCUGCAUCAACAGUGCUCAAUCGUUUGCUCCGCAAGACGACUAAGAAAAAUACAUGGAUUUUUGUGGCAGAUACCUCGUUCAGGCUGUACGUAGGAAUCAAGCAAACAGGAACAUUCCAACACAGCAGCUUUUUGCACGGUGGGAGAAUCAGUGCCGCAGGCCUGAUCAAGAUCAGGGAUGGCCAAUUGAGAAGGUAUAUCCCUCCUACACCACCCACUUGCUUGCAAACCUGACCUAACCAACAUGAUACCAUCACAGCCUUUCACCGCUAUCCGGUCACUACCGUCCUCCGGCUACCGUACUCCUGCCCCUCCCUCUCCCUCCCUACACUUGCCGAUUAUUGACUAACCUUCCACCCAGAACUUCCGGAAAUUUAUCCAUACUCUAAAAGAGGAAGGCGCCGACACUUCCCACGUGAGCAUAUCUAAAUCAUACGCGGUUCUACUUGGCCUGGAAACCUACGCAAACCUAACCAAGGGUAAGAAGAAGGGCAAGUCCGCGGCGCGGAAGACCGUCGGGAAAGGUGAGAAGGCCAGGACCCAUGCCAUCGCAACCGGUGUGGAUAUAAGCAAGAGCGCGGUGAAGGGUGAGGAGACCAAGCUCAAAGACAUGGAGGAGAAGAAGAAUAAGGAGAAGGAGAAGGAGAAGGAAGGGAAGGGCGUGAAAGUCGAGAAAGUGGGCGGGUGGUGGAAGUUUAUGAGGAGAUGUAAGACACCUGUUUAAUCGGCUAUUUGUUCCAUUUUUUGCCUCCUUUUUUCGAUAAGAGGCAAGAAUUUAGGAGUUGGUUGUUGAGGAGAGAGAGGGAAUGGGCUAAUAUGUAAUUGGUGGCAUGCGCGGGGAGGAAAUAGUCCGACUACCUGGCAAACAUUCCCGUCCAAAAUCUCUGACACGGAGCGCCGCCUGAUACGAGGACUUACAAGCGCGUCUCCGCCCUGUUUCGGCUGGUUUCAUUUUCAUUUCUGUUCGCUCCUCAGACAAUGGGAAUCUGGUUGAUAACCUUACCACUGCUACCAAUCUACUGCUACUACACUAACAAUAAUAUCAUGACCAAUUCAAAUGUCAAAAUCGAUCAAAAAUAUGUAUACCUAAUCCAAUUCAGUUCAGACCAAUUUCUUGCGUCGCAGUGGAGGAAAAUGGAGGGAGAGUGGCAAAGGCAAAAAGAGAGGGAACGCCGGAAAAAUAUGAUACAAUACUCGACUCUCUCUCUCUCUCUCUCUAGCCCCCUCUUGGUUCGAGUAAGGAAAAGAGAAAAAAAGGAAAAAACACCUUGUCGAUACG